AUGUCGACAGAUUCCGAGUCGGAUUACUUCGAUGAUGACGACUUCGUAGUCCCCGACACCCCCGAAGGGCCAUCCCGCCCCGCGAAACGCCGUCGUGUUCAACAGAAGCGCGGGGAAGACCGCGUAGACCACGAUGACGGUACUUCAAUCAACUCUUCCUCUGAUAUGGAGGAUGAAGAAUUACCCUCCAGGCGCCGGGCACCAUCUUUUGGCUUUGAGGAUCGCUCUAAAACCAAGAGCUGCGUGCUGAAACACGCAACUGUCCAGAAUGACAUGUUUGUCACGCAGCUCACGCAACCUUCAUCGAGUCCGGAACGGAUACGGGGUCCACGAUGGCAGAAGCCCGUUGCAAAGGCCCCUUCACCAAUGUUCAGAACCGAAGUACAAAAUGAUGGACAGGAGAGGGGGAUUCCUGAGGAAGAGGAGCUAAGAGCCGCUAUCGCAGCAUCUUUGGAUUCGUUUGAGGAGGAACAAAGAGGAGGGUUUCGUCCGCCGAGCUUAGCAAACAAUACUGCUCCACAAAGGACUCUCCCCUCACCACCACAGACAAGCACACAUGGCACAAUGGAAGUCCCAUUUGAGCUAGAGGACAUACCUGAAGGCGCAUUCGAUUCUUCGCCGUCAUUGUCACCGGUAGCACGACCAGCUCGACCUGUACCUCCGCAAUUUAGCCAAUCUCGGGGUCCGAUUCGACAACCCCAUUUACGACAGAGCACAUUGUUCGGCAUGGUUUCCUCAGGACCCGCGGCCUCGGAAACGCGCGAGCAAGACCCGGGCCCUCCACAGAAGACCGAACCACCGACUCAACACAAACUUGUCAAAGAAGCUUUGGACACAUGGGUUUACCCAACAAAUCUGGGCAAAAUAAGAGACUACCAGUUCAACAUAACCCAGGCAGGUCUAUUCCACAACCUACUUGUGGCCUUGCCGACAGGUUUAGGAAAGACCUUCAUAGCAGCCACGAUUAUGCUUAAUUGGUUUCGCUGGACGAAAGAUUCGCAAAUCAUUUUUGUAGCACCCACAAAACCACUGGUCUCGCAGCAGGUAUCGGCCUGCUUGGAUAUUGCCGGAAUACCACGCUCUCAGUCGACCAUGCUCACGGGAGGAGCAAUACCAGGGAUCCGCGCCGAAGAGUGGAAAUCGAAGCGCGUGUUCUUCAUGACCCCUCAAACAUUGAUCAACGACUUGAAGGGCGGAAUCGCCGACCCCAAGCGAAUCGUGCUGCUGGUCGUCGACGAAGCUCAUCGCGCGACAGGCGCGUAUGCCUAUGUGGAGGUAGUCAAGUUCCUUCGACGGUUCAACAACAGCUUCCGCGUUCUCGCGCUCACGGCUACCCCGGGCUCGACGGUGGAAUCAGUACAAGAGGUCAUUGACGGCCUGGACAUUGCUCGUGUCGAGAUCCGUACGGAGAACUCGAUCGACAUCCGCGACUACGUCCAUGCUCGCAAUAUCGAGAUCGAGACAUUUGAGAAUUCAGAUGAAAUGAUAUUCUGUAUGGAUCUCAUGUCUGCGGCUUUGCAGCCCUUGCUUGACCAACUCAAUACACUCAAUGCCUAUUGGGGUCGUGAUCCAAUGGGGUUGACUGCGUACGGUCUCACGAAGGCGAAACAGCAAUGGAAGCAGUCUGCCGCUGGUCGCAAUGCCAACUUUGGGCUGAAGGGCAAAGUGAACGCCAUCUUUGCCGUCCUUGCUAGCUUGGCUCACGCCAUCGAUCUACUCAAGUACCAUGGUAUCGUGCCAUUCUAUCGUCAUGUCGUUCAUUUCAAAUCAGGGGCCGAGGGCUCAAAAGGUGGAGGCGGCAAAUACCAAAAGCAAGUCGUGCAGGAUGAGAACUUCAAGAAACUGAUCAGCCAUAUUGAACCUUGGAGUAAGAACCCGGAGUUUAUUGGCCAUCCAAAAUUGGAAUAUCUGAAGUCAGUGAUUCUGAAUCACUUUCUGGACCGGGGCGAGGGCCAGGAGCUCCCUGAUGGCGGCGCUAGUCAGCCAGCGACUCGAGUCAUGAUCUUUGUGCAUUUCCGCGACAGCGCAGAAGAGGUCACGAGAGUAUUGAAGAGAUACGGGCCCAUGAUCCGGCCUCAUGUUUUCGUGGGCCAAUCGAGCGCCAAAGGCUCUGAAGGAAUGGACCAGAAAACACAACUCAAGAUCAUUCAAGAUUUCAAGAAAGGCACAUACAACACAAUUGUGGCUACCUCGAUCGGAGAGGAAGGAUUGGAUAUCGGAGAAGUCGACCUCAUCGUCUGCUACGAUUCAUCGGCAUCACCCAUUCGCAUGCUGCAGCGCAUGGGUCGAACAGGCCGCAAGCGAGCCGGCAACAUCACAUUACUCUUAAUGAAAGGCAAAGAAGAAGACUCCUACACCAAAGCCAAAGACAACUACGAAAAGAUGCAACAAAUGAUAGCCAACCGCGCCCGAUUUACAUUCCACGACGAUCGUUCCCCUCGCAUUCUGCCCGCAGGCAUUCGUCCAGUACCGGACCGACGAAACAUCGAUAUACCCCUAGAGAACUCGCAGCAAGAAAGUCUCGAACCCAAAGGCAAAGGACGAGCACCAAAGCGACCCCCAAAGGUGUUCCACAUGCCAGACGACGUGGAGACUGGCUUUACUCGAGCUUCGGCGAUGGGUGGCGACAAACCUGCGAAAAAGACCUCCAAGAAAGCAGCCACUCCGAAAAAGAGACCCCGAACGCCAACACCCGAGCCUGUAGCCAUCCCGUCGCUGGAGGACGUUGUACUCAGCACCAGCGAGCAACAGGAGCUCGAGAACCAUUACCAGAAUAUCGGUGCCACAUCGCCGCAGUUCAUCCGGUUCCCCCGUAACGACGCCUUCCCGCGUUUGCAGCUUGUCGAAAGACCAACAAAAAAAGUCAAGCAUGGCUCUCUCACUCGCCGCAUGAUCAAAGCUCUGCAGAAAAUGGACGAGGCUGGUCCUGACUGUGAUCGUCGGUUCAAGGAAAUUCUAGCGCGCCAACCUCUGUCGUCCGAUGAAUCUAGUCAAUCUUCGACAAAGGUUCCACGCAAGACGCCUCGACGGAGCGAAAAGCCUUUGAAAACGCCCUCUAAACCCGCUGCUCGGUCGGGGUCUAAAAAGACCACUGCAAUCCCCGCUGGCGGGGAGGUUCUUUCUUUGUUGUCUCCCGAGAAGACGAAUGACCCCGACCCGUUCGCCUCCGUGGAUGAUGACUUCGAUGAUGACUCGGAUGCUUCGUUGCCGGAUGUUAGCCUUUUAUUUAGUAGUGGGUCGAAGGCCAAUGCUAGGAAACAGAACCGGGUCAUCAUCGACGAUAGUGAUGAGUGA